GUUUAUCGGAGUGACCCCACAAUCCAAACUGGUUCUGUACCUGCGGAAGUGGAGGUGAUCACGCAAAAAUAACGUCAGCCACAAUAGUAAAAAUCGGGAGUUAAUUACUGCAAUUUUAUGGAUUGUUUAUCUGCUUGAUGGGGAUUCCGACAGUUCCUAACGUACUAAGCAACAAAAUGCAUGUCGAAAAGUUCCCUCUCUCCCCACCUAGUCUCGAGGAACUAGCUGAACAGCUGAUGGCCCCUCUUGCCGCGAACUACGAGCAUACGACAAUCAAUGUAGUCCCAUGCCCAGAUCUCCGCAAGCCACCUUUCAAUCUCGCCACUGAGGGUCUAUCUGGAAAUGAGAAAAUUGCAGAUAUCGGUGGCCAGCCGAAUCUUUUCCCGCGGCCUCGCUUGGACUGCAAAUUCUCCUUCAUUGAAAUUGCCAAAGCCAUGGAGAUGGAUUCAGCCAAGGGAAGUCUAAUCGGUGCGGGAGCCGGACCAUUUCAUGUGGUGGGUUGCAAUUGCGAGCUUGUCCCCAAUCUCAGCUGGGAAGCGGGGCUCGUAAAUUUUGACAAUCAGACGCGAUAUGCGAGGAUCGUCCCGGAUUCAGGUGCGGUGGAUGUAGACAGAAGCACAAGUCUAGAGUUUGCUUUGAUGGCCAACCUCUACGGUUCAUUGGGAGAACCGGGCCCAGUUAUCAAGAUCACUGCGCGUGGACGAAAAGGGUCUGAGAAGAGCUUCACUGAGUGUAUUCAAAGAGCGCUUAAGAAGGCUUACGGUGACGCCCAAACUGUCAGCCUCGGGGGCACGUUCCUCGUUAAGUCAGGCACAGCUCGCUACCAUGUUAUGCCCGAUUUUCCACCAGAGCACAAGCUACCUUUCAAGAACUCCAAACAGCUUAACGACUGGCUCACCUUCCACGACUUUGAAAGCCCAAUCGUUUGUCUGUCUGUUUUGCACUCGGGGGACCCAGGUAAAACCAUGGGGUUGCGACUAGAGCACACUCACUGCUUUUCUCCAUUGGGGCAGAAUUCCGGAGGUCACUAUCAUUACGAUGUAGACGAUACUAAUGAAGCAAUUGAAUAUGAAGCUUAUUUCAAUACGGCGAAGGUGAUAUAUAGGGUAGAUCGGCCGACAGAAACCCAGCCACGAGAUUAGCAUGAUGAAUGAGACUACAUACUCAAAUUGUGGAAUACUAUAGAUACGCUUUGUUGUUGUUGUUGUCGCAUUCAAGUAUUUAUAGUCCGGUUUUAGCAGCAUCCUUUCACCCACUGCUAUGCCAAGACUCUCACAAGUUAAACACAGAAAUGUACCAUCUUCGCACAUUAGAAUCAGUUGGUCUUAUCC